AUGGCAGAAAAAUUUCAUUUUAUCUAUGCAUUACAGGUCUACAGGAUAAAAAUUUAAACUGUAGUUGUAUGGGAUGUGGUUGACCUAUGGCUGUAGGCCUCACAAGUAUAGACCAUAGAUGAACCACAUACGUAUAGACCAUGCAAAAAUUUAUAAACAAAUUUUUUUCCAUGGAAUAAGUUGUGUUGUUUGCGAUCUAUAAUAUUAACAAUGUCCAAGGAAACAAAUAUCGAAGAAUGGUCAAAAUAUGCAAAAUAUUAUGAUCCUAUUAAAAUUGGUUCAAUCGAUGGUACUGAUACAGAACCUCAUGACAGAGCUAUAGAAAGAGCAAUACGAUCAACCUAUGUACCAAAUAGGCAUGUUAAAGGAAAACCUGGAUGUACUAUUUUUGUUAGUAGAUUAAAUUACAAAAUAACUAAAGAAACCAUCAAAGAAAUAUUUUCGAAAUAUGGAAAAUUGAGGAGAUUUAGAUUAGUUAAAGACAUAGUAACAGGUAUGCCUAAAGGUUAUGCUUUUAUUGAAUAUGAAAAUGAAAGUUCUGCAGAGGAUGCCUAUCGUGAGGCAAAUAAAAUGAAUAUAGAAGGCAGUGUAAUAUUUGUUGAUUUUGAGUGUGGUCGCUUAUUGAAAGGCUGGAAACCUAGAAGGCUUGGAGGUGGAUUUGGUGGACAAAAAGAAUCUGGACAAUUAAGAUUUGGAGGUAGAGAUAGACCAUUUAAAAAACCUAUUAGUAUUGAAAUCAAAGAGCAGGAAGAACGUAAAAAAAGAGAACAAAGGAAACUGGCAUCAAAAGAAGAAAGGGAUAGAGACAGGUAUAGAAGAAAAAGGCCAAGAUCUCCAAGAAGUAGAAGUUAAAACUGUAUUUGUAUGUUCUAAUAUUUUCAAUAUAUUUAUAUUUUCAAUUAAAAUUUUGGUGAAUGGCCUUAUUUGCAAAUCUGUCAAGAUGGGAGCAGUUACAAUAAUUUUGAAAAAAUAUAGGAAGAUAUGAGGAUUUCAAGUACUACACUAAAGUUAGAGAAAUCUUUGAAAUUUAAUCUAAAAACAAACAUUUUGCUCAGAUAGGAUUAGUUUUAUUAAUAUUUUAUCAUAACUAAUAAAUGCAAAACAAAACAUGUGGUUCAGUAUAUAAUAUGAAAAUAAAUUAUUACUGUUAUGAAUUAUACAAGACAAUAGUCAUUUUAAUGAGUGUUAAAAGUUAUGUUAUAUUUUGUGAGUGGAAACGUUUGUGAAAUAAGCAGAGCGAAAUGAAUAAUUUUAUAAACAAAAUAAAAUCCAGUAAGUCAACAUCUUCACCAACAAUAGUUGCCAAGUUGAAUACUCUAUUACUAUUUAGAUUACAUCAGCAUCAUUAUUAGUUAGAGCAAUAUUUUUGCACAAUAAAUUUUUUUUCAAUAUUGAAAAGAACCAAGACUUAUUGUGAACAAUAGAUUUCUUUAUACACUGAUUUUCAUGAAAAUUUAGAUUCAAGCAAUAUUUAUCCUCUUCUUCAAUAUAUACACUGUGCCGAGUGUGCAUCUUUAAGGGGUGAAAACUAACUCUUUUAAAAUAAAUUUGAAAAUUUUAGGUUCUAAGUCAAAAUAUUAAGUUGAAAUUGAUUAGUUGCACAUCACUUUAACCCCUUAAACUCAUUUCUUGAGAGCAGCAAUAUUAAAAUUUUUUUAGUAUAUCUUGAAAUAUUAAAAUUAAAUUUAAAUCAUUUGAAUGAAACUAUUGUUGAACUAGACACUUUAACCCUAAUAAAUCAUCUUGAGAUUAUUAUUUAUCAAAAAAAAUUGCAACCAUUUUUUUCAUUAUAGGCAAUAUUAUAACACUUAAUUCAUAACAAAUUAAACACAUUUCAUUCCUAACAUAAAUUUUGUGGUUAUUUAAAUAUUUUUACCUUUACAAAAACCCCAAAUUACCAAAGAUAUGAAAAAUAUAUUUAUAAUUUCUAUUCGUACAAUGACAAAAAAUAAUGAAAAUUUAGUUACACUUAACAUACAGUCAUAACCUUCACAGAACAGUGGCGUAUAGGGGGGCUCAAAAUAUUACUUAGCUCUAUACCAAGUUGCAUCUUUUAGGAGGUAUAGUUCAUGGUUUUAUAUUUUUUCAUAAAAAUUAAAAUUGUUAUUUAUGAUGUGAGUAUUAAAAGUGAUGAUUUAUUUUGUGAGUGAAAAAUGAAAUAACUUAACAAAAAUAUCAUAUACCAUUCUUUGUAUAACUGCCCUAUUUUAAUAAAAAUAGGCGAAUUUGGAAUGAUAUUAAAGGUCAAAAUGCAUUUUAAUAUUCAAAUAAUCCCAAAAUGUUGAAAAUAUUUUUAACCCACUUCCACAUGAAAAAUGAUGAAAUGCUUAACGCAAGAAACUAAUGUUAAAGUUUUUGUAAGUUGAAAUUCUAACAAAAAACAACGCGCUGAUCAAAAACUGAUACAAAUCUUAUUUGUUUGAUGAAUCAAAAUUGUAUGAGGUUGUGUUGAGGACCACAUCAACUAAGCUCUUCAUAGCGAUUUUUUUCUCAAGUUCGUUGUAAUGUUUUAAAAAUCGAAUUAUCUAUUUAUUUUGCUGAGAAGUCUGUGUAGGUGAAGCUCUAUAAUAUAAUUUUUGAAGACCUCUAGUCUAUAUAGUUUAUCAGUAAUUUAUGAUGCUAAGAUAGAACUGUAAAGAUUAUGACCAAUCAUAACUAGUGAAUGACCUUCCUCAAUUUUGUUCACAAGCAAAGUAACUUUUUUUUGAUAAAGUUUAGAAUAGUGAGGGGCGAUUUCUUUGACAUUAUUCAAAAGUCAUGAUAUAACUUCUAACUGUAAUAAGUUUGAUUGACGAAUUUUAUGCCCAUUAAUGAUACAUGUAGUUCAGGUUCACAUUGCAUAUCGAAUAAAUAAAAGUUUUACUU